CUGCAGGGGGGUCAUUCCAGAGGGUCCCACAGGGCCCCCCCGGCCCCCCCGGGCCGCCCCCCCCCCCCGAUCCCUUACAGCCCCAUCCCCUGUAGCGCCCGCUUCUCCUAUAGCCCCCCAUCCCUUACAGCCCCCGAUCCCCUGUAGCCCCCUCAUAUCCCUAUAGCUCCCCAAGCCCUAUAGCUCCCGAGCCCCCUGUAGCCCAUCCCUGCAGCCCCCCAUCCUCUAUAGGGCCCGGCCAUAGGGCUGCUGUCCUCAACCACCGCAGCUCCCUCCCCCUAUUGAGCAGCUUUUCCCGGGGUCCCUCCCCCUCCAUAGACCCCCCUCCCCUAUAGAUCCCCCCCCAACAGAUACUUCCUAUAGGGCGGCCCGACCCUCUCCCCCAGCUCUCCCUCCCCCACCUUCUUAUAGGGGAUCCUGCCCUCACAUCGCCCCCGUAUCCCCGAGUCCUGCCGGGCCCCACAGCCCUGACCCUAUAGGGUGACCCCCCACAGCCCUGACCCCCCCGGCCCUUGGAGCUGCCCCAUAGCGGGGUCCCACCAGCCCCCUCGGGUGUCUCGGGACCCCCUUCGGAGGCACCUAUAGGUGACGCCCCCCCAUGACCGGACCUAUAGGGUGCCCCCCCAUCUAUAGGGUGCCCCCCCCGUAGGGUGACUCCCCCGGCCCCUUAGCGCCCCCCAGCGGCGGGAUGGAGUUCCUGCGGCGCCGUCUCUCUGACGGGAAUUUCCUGGCGGGGGGGGGCGGGGACCCCCCCGGGGCGGGGCCGGGGGCGGGGGGGGUGGCUGGAGUGGGGUCGGCGGGGAGACCCCCCCGGAGCACCGCUUUGGCCCCGCUGCUGCUCGUCAUUGCCCCCCCCGGCACCGACUGGGUGAAGCUCUUCAAGGGUAAAUCGGUCCAUGGGGAUGUGGAGCUGCGAGUGGAGCAGGCCCAGUUCUCGGAGCUCUCCUUGGCUGCCUCCACCCACGGAGCCCUGAGUGUCACCAUCGACUCCCCCCGGGGGGGCACCAGGCGGGUGCGCCCUGACUUUGUGCUGGUUCGAGAACCCCCCGAGGGGGGGGCCGGGGACGCCCCUCGGCGGCUUCUGGUGGGGCUGCACCUGGGGGGGGUCCCCAGCACCGACCCCCUCCCCGCCCUGUACGGCUUCGCCCACCCCCCCUGCCUGUUUGCCCAGUUGGCUCGGCUGCAGCGGGAACUGGGCCCCGAGGCCUUUCCCCUGGUCCCACAGCGCUUCUGCAACCGCCCCCGUGGACUGCUGACUGCCCCGACCUUCCCCAUGACGGUGACUCUCAGCCCCGCCCCCGCUGGGGUGGGCCAGGUGCGCGUGGGGACGCCGCAGGUGCUGGGGGCGGUGGCGGCCGCCAUGGGCGGGGCCCGGGCCGGGGCCCUGGUGCAGGGGGGCCCCGCGGGGACCCAGCGGCUGCGGGUGCAGCGCAUCGGGGACGAGUACCGGGCUCUGCGGUGGUCUCUGGGGGCCGCAGAUGCUGCAGGGGAGGGGCCUCACGUGGAGCCGGUUGCCCUCAGCCCUCGGCACCGGGGGUGGGUGGAUGCCUGCGCCGGCCUCUUUGGGGGCGUCGACAUCUGCGGCGUGGAGGCGCUGCGGGGCCCCGACGGGCAGGAGCACAUCGUGCAGGUUCUGGGCUCUUGGCUGCCACUGCUGGGGCCGGGGGCGGCCGAGGAUCGGGGCCGGAUCGUGGAGCUGGUGCUGGCGCGAAUGAGGGAGGAGCUGCCCUGCCCCCGGAGCCCCUCCCCUUCCCGGCCACGCCUACAGACAUCAGUGACGUCGGGGUCCCCCCGGCCGGGGACCCCCCCACAGCAACGGCCCCAACCACAGGGGGCCCCACCGCCGUCUGGCCCCGCCCAGCCCCGCCCACCACCGCAGGGGCAGCCUCGCCCCCCGCUGGGUGGAGCUUCACCACGCCCUGCUCAUCCCAGCACCACCCCACCGCGAGGUCCCACUCAGCCCCGCCCACCUGGUCCACAGCCUCGCUCCCAAACUCCACCCACGUCCCCACAGACACGCCCACAAGCACCCCCUACCUCCCCCCAGCCCCGCCCCCAAACCCCACCCACCUUCCCACAGCCGCACCUGCAAGCCCCGCCCCCCACCGUGCAACCGCGCCCUCCACUCUCUCCAUCUGUGUCUCAGCCCCGCCCCCCCACCCCGCAGCCCCGCCCACAAGCCCCACCAACCUCCCCGCAGCCCCGCCCCCAAGCCCCACCGACUGCACAGCCUCGCCCUCAGGCCCCGCCCACCACCCCACAGCCCCGCCCACCAGGCCCAGCCACAUCUCCCCAACCGAGGCCCAAAGCUCCGCCCACCUCCCCGCAGCCCCGCCCACCAGGCCCAGCCACGGCCCCCCAGCAACGGCCCCAAGCCCCGCCCCCCACCGCCCAGCCCCGCCUCUCCAGGUCCCCCUCAGUGCCCCAGCCCCGCCCCCAAGGCCCGCCCCCCGCUGCCCAGCCCCGCCCCCCAGGCCCGCAGACCCCGCCCACCACUCGGCAGCCCCGCCCACAGGCCCCACCCCUCGCCCCCAAACCGGCCCUGGCCCCCAAACCGGGCGGAGCCCCUCCCCCAAGCCCCGCCCCCGAGCAGGGCCCCCCCGAGAGCCUGCGGGCGCUGCGGCAGAGCUUCGCCAGCCUCUUCACCGACUGAAGGGCCGCCAGCCCCAGCCCACCCGGGGAGUCCUGGCUCUGGGACCCCCACACACGAGGCGUGCUCAGGCACCUGGGACCAUGAAACUC